CUGAAAUAUAAAAAAAAUCGUUUUGAUUUUCAACUUGUUUUUAGGCACACUUUUCUUCAAUAAAAAAAAAUAUAUUUUUCUAUCACUAUCACUAUCACUAUCACUAUUAUUUUAUUAUUAUUAUUAUUACAUUAAUUUUACUCAGAAUAAAUCGCGCACGAUUUGAACAAAAAAAUUCCCUGGGACGAAUCUCGCGCAUUACCCCUCCUCGAACUCUCCACAGAACAACGCUCGCAUUGAUAAAAAGCACACUCCAAGUUUCUUAGUUCAUUCGAGGUUUAAACUUCCCAACCCAUUCACUCACUUCACAUUUUCAAGGUCGACAAUAAGAACACGCGUGCAUUUCAAUUACUAGUAAAAAUGCGUAAGAAGGACAAGACCAAGUUCCCAGUAGCACGUAUCAAAAAGAUUAUGCAAAUGGACGAAGAGGUUGGCAAAAUGGCACAAGCAACGCCUGUUCUGAUAUCAAAAUCACUCGAGCUCUUCAUGCAAUCCAUCGUCGACGACGUCAGCAAACACGCAAGAGCAUGUAAUGCGCGGAAAAUCUCACCAACACAUUUGAAGAGAUGCGUGGAAAGCACUGAAUGCUAUGAUUUUCUCAAGGAUAUUGUUGAAUCCGUGGUGGAUGACGGUGAUGGUGGUGGCGUAGAAGUUUGUGUUGCAAAGGUUGCCGAAAUGGAGGAGGCCGGUGUGGAGGCGCAGAUUAAAUCGGAGGGUCUAGGCGGCGGUGGAGGUGGUGCUCCGUUAUCGAUGAUAUUGCUGGAUGUGCCACAGCAACCACAGCAGCAACAGGGCGCAUCGUAUGGCAGCAAUAGCGAUCAAUCCGCAGAGGGUGAGGACAAUGCAAGUGAUCCGUCGUAUGAGCCCAAAGUCGGUUCCAACACGCGAGGUCGCGGAAAAGGAAGGGGCCGAGCCCGAGGGCGAGGUGCUACGGGCAGAGGCCGUGGGCGUCCAAGAAAUAACACAUCAGUACAGGCCAGUGAGCUUGGGUCUGAAUGAAAGGAAUGGACGACGGGUAGAAUAGGAUUGGAUUGGAUCGACGAAUGACGAUGACUACAAAUGGUUCUUUAUAUUUAUUUAUUACUUUAUCAUAUACAAACAGUUACAGU